AUAAAUAUAAGGCUUUCAGGGGCCGGUUCCACUAGUAAAGUACGAAUGGAUAGAGCCGUCGCGUUUACGUUUGCCUGCCCUAGCAGCCCUAGCCACAUUCAAUGCCCUAGCAAACCUGUCAAGAUGCACAGUGGCUGCCUGGUUGAUACCCAAAGCAGAGGCACUUUCGGACAGCUUAUUGAGAGCUUCUUCAGCCUCUGUUCUUUUUCCCAGUAGCAUUCGUUGAACCUGCUUUUGGUCCCCUCUUUCCGCCUUUCUUCGUUCCUUUCUUCGUUACGGUUGAAUCGGCGCCGUUCAUGUUGGUUGAAUCGGCGCCGUUCAUGUUGGUCUAUGUCAGAUUGGAGGGUUUGGUAUGGUUUGGGUGAAAUUGUUUGGCAGCUCAGGAGAAUUGUUUUUGUCUCCUCGAAACCAUCCUUCGAAAACUGCACGUAAACAACCAGCGCUUGGGCUGGCCCAGACAAGACAGCCACGGGCAGAGGUGCGAGGAAUCCCACCUCCAUUGGAUCGAUAUUGGCAUUUUACAUGCUGUCUCCGUCAAAUUGAAACGGUUGGAAUGGAUUGGACGACGUUGUCGGGCUGCUCGAAAGAUUUGUUGCUGCUCGAAAGAUUCAUUCACGGAUACCCGGGACUGAGGGGGGGACCUUGAGAUUUAAUAAAUAUUACAGCGAGGAUAAAUAUAAUAUUAUAAAUAUUAGCGCGAGUAGACUGUAGCGCGGUCAUUGAGAACCCUGUCUCAAAUGACUAUUCACGAGAGACUCAGUCAUGAGUCGAACUCAAACCCUAUCUAGGAUCGAGUCGCGAAUAAGGCUAAGAGCCGUGUAUUGCAGUUGAAAGGAAGCUUAGCCCCAAUGCCAGCAUUGGUUUCUAGUUAGCUCUUGGCUUGGUGUUCUUCUGGCUAGUAGUAGUAGCUUGCUGUGGUUCCUGAUAAGCACACCGCUGCCGUAUCUUCGGACCGGCAAACCAAAACAAGGAACAGAAUGCACAGCUGUAGAAACCUCAACAAAAAGUCCAGCCGACGAGAGCAGCGAAUCGAAUCGAAUCGAGUCACUCGAUUGCAGAUUCGAUAACACUCAAUUUAUGAGCAAGUGCGCGUCGUUUCCUUAAGAUCCACGCGGAAGCGCGAUAAACGUUUGGCUCCACCGUGACCGUCCAUUCCUCAACCAUGGCCAUUGAGUAAUCAUCUGCCGUCGUUCCAUCCACUUCGUACCACCUGAGUUAGAACAAGCAGUAGCCAGCCCGAGAUAGUAAGCCAAUAUGCCGCCCAAGAAGAAAAAGGAUGCCGAGGACAAUGAUCCCAUGAUGAAGGCCGCCCGCUUUGGUCGGGUCAAGAAUACCUUGACGAUGGGAUUUGUCGGUCUCCCCAAUGUUGGAAAAUCCUCCUUGACCAAUCUCUUGGCUGGAGCUAGCCAUGCCGAAGCCGCCAAUUAUCCUUUCUGCACCAUUGAUCCCAAUGUCGUCCAGGCCAUUGUACCCGACAAGAAUUUCAAAUAUUUGGCAGAAACCUUCAAGCCACCAUCCGUCGUUCCCGCUGUGUUGAAAAUCACCGAUAUUGCUGGAUUGAUCAAAGGAGCCAGCGAAGGGGCUGGGCUUGGAAAUGCCUUUUUGAGUCAUAUUGCCGCUGUGGAUGGUAUCUAUCAGCUCAUUCGAGCUUUUGAUAGUGACGAAGUCAUUCAUGUCGAUGACAGUGUCGACCCAAUUCGUGAUUUGGAAACCAUUCAAGGAGAGUUGUGUGCCAAAGACAAAGAUGCUCUUGGGAAAAUUGAAGACAAGGAAAGGGAACGAGUCCGCAAAGAAAAGGGCUUGUCCAGAAGUGCCGUGCCGCCAUUGAGUGAUACAUUUGUCGACGCAUUCUCCAAAUGCACCAAACUCAUCGAUUCCAAUACACCUGUGCAGACGGGAGAGUUUACGUCCGCCGAAGUGGAACUGAUUCGAGAUUGGGGACUCAUCACCACCAAACCACAAAUCUACGUGGUCAACUUGUCGCGCAAAAACUUUAUUCGAAAGGGAUCCAAAUGGUUGCCCAAGAU